AAGUGAAACUACUAUCUAGCUAGUCUUUUGACAGUUUCGAUUAUUGUCAAACAUUUUUAGAUAUAGACUUAAAAUAACACCAAUUCCAUCAUCAGUCAUCUAAGAAGAUGGUGUUGAAGGAGAUUCCAACUGAAAGUAUUUCCCAGCCCUUGGGCCGGAAUGAAGUCCUUGGUUUACUCUUCCGACUGACCAUAUUUGGUGCAGUCACUUACUUCACCAUAAAGUGGAUGGUUGAUGCCAUUGAUCCCACAAGGAAACAGAAAAUGGAAGCACAGAAACAGGCAGAGAAACUCAUGAAGCAGAUCGGUGUGCAGAAUGUCAAGCUCUCAGAGUAUGAGAUGAGCAUUGCAGCACAUCUGGUGGACCCGUUGACCAUGCAGAUCACAUGGAGUGAUAUUGCUGGCCUAGAUGAAGUCAUCACUGAGCUGAAAGACACUGUCAUACUUCCCAUCCAGAAGAGACACCUGUUCAAGGGAUCCAGACUGCUUCAGCCACCAAAAGGUGUGCUGCUGUAUGGACCACCUGGCUGUGGGAAGACGCUGAUCGCCAAAGCAACUGCCAAAGUUGCUGGUUUCCGCUUCAUCAACCUGCAGCCUUCCACCCUCACAGACAAGUGGUAUGGAGAGUCCCAGAAACUGGCUUCUGCCGUCUUCUCUCUAGCCAUUAAGCUCCAGCCUUCAAUCAUCUUCAUAGAUGAGAUUGACUCUUUCCUGAGAAGCCGUUCCAGCUCUGACCACGAGGCCACAGCUAUGAUGAAGGCUCAGUUCAUGAGCUUGUGGGAUGGGCUUGAGACGGACUACAACUGCCAGGUCAUCAUUAUGGGGGCCACUAACCGUCCACAGGAUCUCGACUCCGCCAUUCUGAGGAGAAUGCCCACAAGAUUUCACAUAAAUCAGCCUAAUUGCAUGCAGAGGGAAGAAAUCUUGAAACUCAUAUUGAAAAAUGAAAAUGUGGAUCCCGCUGUUGACUUUGUUGACAUGGCGAAGGAGACUGAUGGAUUCUCAGGAAGUGAUCUCCGAGAGAUGUGUCGGGAUGCUGCUCUGUUAUGCGUGCGGGAUUUUGUCCAUAACACCCAUGCCGAUGAAAGGAUCCAGGAUCAAAUCCGGUCCAUCAAUCAGGACGACAUGCAGACUGCCAGGCAGAAGAUGAGGAAGUCGAAGUCGGCAGACGGACAGACGGUUCUGAUUCAUUCUACUCUGGAUUGAGUCUUGACAUGCAAAGGAGAACUAUUAAGCGCCUGGAUAUGCUUUCCUUAUUAUUUUCUAUGUAUGUAGAGUACUUACUGGUGGUCUAUCAUAACAUCACUUUGUAAUGUCUUAGCUCACUUGUUAUUUUAAGAACAUUUAGUUCAAUGCAUUGACAUGAAAUAUUUCUGUCAAAAUUCUAUUUGUUAUGUGGAAGUUAGGCGUUACGUGAUACUUGUGUUGGCAUUAGUGUCUUAUGUAUCUGGCCAACCAAGGUCUCACUGAAACUGGCUCUGAGACUGCAAAGUAUGGGCACAGCCAUGGAUCCUUUCAGGUUUGAUAGGACAUAAUUGCCUCCCGAUUACUUAUGACACAAAGCAAUAUUGACUUAGCCUUGGGCUUUUAUCUGAACAUCACGUUGCUUCUUUUGGUACUGUAUGUUUUUUUUUUAUCUAGGAAAGCAGUUUAUCGAACUAGUGUAAUAUCGGUAAUAAAAUUUGCCACUUAUAGUUGGCAUCGUUCAACUCUGAGCUAGUUGUACAAUUGAGUGGUUCUCAGAAUUAUGAAUUAGAUCAGAAGUUAUCAUGCAUGAUAAAAUAUUUCAGAACAAUUCAACGCCUAUUUGAAAGUGAAUUAUCGCUGGAUGUUGUGAAGAGAGCAUGGUAUCAGAUGCAGAGACAUGGCCUUUUUCAAACUUCAAUAUAUCAGGAAACCUGCAUUGUGCUUUUAUGCCCUGGUCUUCAGCCCAGUGUUAAUUUACAGUAGAAUCUAAUAACUGCUUGUGGUGAUCGUCAUGUCUUUAUAGUUUGUUUAUCCCUUGUGAUGACCAGGAUGCUUAAAUGGUUGGUUGAAUAUUUCUACAUGACAAACUUCCCGUAUCUACCACAUGUGUGAUUGCCAAUUCAGUUGACUUGAAUGACAAGUUUUCUAUGGACAUUUUGUUUUUUUUGGAAAUUGUAAUUUUAAUUAUUGAACUUUGGUUUAGGUAAAAUGCUUGCUUUGCUUUUUAUAUUGACUAAUUUUUAGAAUUAGUUUUACCCUGAAUUCUGGUGUCUGCUAAAAUAAAUUACACCAAUAUUG